AUGCCUGCGCCUCCAUCCACCAAUAAUGGACGCAACGUUAGUCCCCUGGUGCCACACAAGAGGCCCUUCAAUGAGGCUGAAACCGGGGAGAUGGAGACCCCAGCAACCCCGAAGGAACAUACACCAAGAGAGAUUAGAUUUGACCUUCCAUCUUCUCCACCGAGAGCAUCUUCGGUGAGCAAGUCUUCCAACGAAGGAACCUCGAACAAGAAGACCCCGACCAAAAAGACCCACAAUAACAAGGCUUCGAACAAUAAGGCCUCAACCAAAACGUCUCCAAAUAGCAAGCCUUCAACUCACAAGCCUUCGACCAAACAGACCUCACCUAGCGCGAAUGUCAUCCACGGCAAGCUGCCCCUCCGCAUUCAGCCACGUCCAAAAGUCCUCGUCCCAUUCGAAGAGCUAGCCGCACACACUGCCAAAUGCGAUGAUUGUGAUCAUCGAAAUAGCGAGGGCAUGAUACGCUGCCUAUCCUGCGGUUGGCAAUGCUGCCGGAAAUGCCAGACAAUUCGAGGCGGAGACAAGACUCACGAAACUGUUCGAUGCCAGCAUGCCCCCGAAAACGAAGGUUCUACGCUGGAAGCCGCUGGACCUAGUGAGAUGGACACUCCACUCGCCGCUGCUGACGACGCACUCACUGCUGAUGACCACGUUCCCACUGCUGCUGACCAUGGGGCUGCUGAGGUACUGAUGUCUCUGAGAUCCUCCCCUUCGGCGCAUACCGACAGCCAGAUCAACGCCGAAAGUCCACGUGUGCAAUCAGCUUCCGUAAAUAACGACCAUCUGAGAGACCACAUCAUGGAUGACUACUCGGACGUUGGCACUGUGACUGAGGAUUCCACCAUUACUUGGCACUCUGACAUGGAGGAGGACAACGAGAAGCUCGAGCCUACUUUGAAGCACUUGGAUUUGCUUAGGCGCAACCCGCCCCGCACCUCGCGUCCGACUGACAUGCGCGACUAG